UGAGCCUGCCAGGGUAUAAGAGGGAGAGGGACAAAGAGACGUCAAGCGCAGUCUACUAAACUAUGGCCAUGCUCUGGAUCGUCAGCUGUCUCGCUUUGGUGGCCUCAGCCCUGGGUUGCGGAGUGCCUAGCAUCCCGCCGCAGGUGAGCGGCUUGAAGAUUGUGAACGGACAGAACGCCGUGUCUGGCUCUUGGCCCUGGCAAGUGUCCCUUCAGGAUACCUCUGGAUUCCACUUCUGUGGAGGUUCCCUAAUCAGCCAGAACUGGGUUGUCACUGCUGCCCAUUGCCGUGUCACUCCUGGCCGUCACCAAGUGAUCCUGGGAGAGCACGAUCGUCAGUCCAAUGCUGAGCCGAUCCAGGUCAAAAGCAUCUCCAGGGCUAUCACCCACCCCUACUACAACAGCCAGAACUUCAACAACGACGUGACCCUGCUGAAGCUGUCCUCCCCCGUCCAGAUCACCUCCCGCGUGUCCCCUGUGUGCCUGGCCUCUUCCAGCACCUCCUUCCCCUCUGGAACCCGCUGUGUCACAACUGGCUGGGGCAAGACUGGCACCACCUCAAGCCCCCGUAUCCUCCAGCAGGUGGCCCUUCCUCUGCUGACCCCUGCUCAGUGCAAGCAGUACUGGGGCCAGAACAGGAUCACUGACGCCAUGAUCUGCGCCGGAGCCUCCGGAGUGUCCUCUUGCCAGGGUGAUUCUGGUGGUCCUCUGGUGUGUCGGAGCAGUGGUGUGUGGUUUCAGGUGGGUAUCGUGUCCUGGGGCACCUCCAACUGCAACGUCAGUACCCCUGCCGUCUACUCCCGUGUCGCCUACCUGCGUGGCUGGAUUGACCAGACCGUCGCUUCCAACUAGAGUCACAGUGGACCCCAGCUGCAACAGCAGCCAUCUCUUCACACACAAACUCAUCUUCCUGCAAACAGUGGUUACAUAAAGUGUGUGAUCCUACACAGGCUUGAUCCGGAUAGCUUUCCCGUUAGCUAGUGACAUUUUAACCUGUCCCAUUCACAGCUGCUCACUGUGUUGCCACAGUCUAAUUAUUUUAAAUGUAACUGAAAAUUAUGCAUUCAAUUAAAGUUGCAUAAAGAAGUUGUUUCUGUUUUAAGUCAGAGCAGUGCUGAGAGACCACUCAGGAAAAACAUAACCAACAACAGAAAAAACACACAUGCAUGCAUGCACACAAAAUGUCAUUCAUCAAUAGUAACCCUUGGAGAGUCUUACUAACACACAUUUGGCACAGUUUAUUUUAUUUUAUUGUGAACUGUAAAAAACCAAGCCUUAUGAUCCAAAUAUUAAAGACAUUUUAUGAUCCCAAGCCCAAAAAAUGAUAGGCUAUGUAUUGGAUAAUGGCACUAUGAUAUAGGCUACCGCACAUUACACAAAAACAUAAAAGCCCAUAGAUGUAGCUAUGCUCUCUUGGGUAAAUAAAGGAAACAAGCUCA